AUGUCUGUCUUACGUUUCCUGAAAAAAGUACCGUUCUUUACUCCACCGGUUUUCGGUCGAAGUCUUACGUCAUCGUACAUAUAUAGAUCAGAUGUCAGCGAAACAACACCUGAUACAGCCACAAAACCUAUCACAGAUUUACCUGAUGAAUAUGCAAAUGCUAAUUUUAUUCAAUCUUAUGAGUCGACACAUCAAGGUUGGGAAUGGGUUGACAACAUUUUAUUCAAAUCAAUUAUUCCUGAUCCACCUGAUCAUGCAACACCCUCUGGAUGGGUACCAAGAAAUUUAGAAUUAGCAAAACAAUGGUCCUAUUUUGUUGAUCGUGAUCGUUUUCAUUCGUAUGGAUUAUAUGUUAAAAUUUUACCAGUCAUGUUAGAAUAUUGGUUACAUGAACAACAUACUUAUUAUUUGAAUAUUUUUCGACGACGUGUAGAAUAUGAUAUGUAUGCACAGCGUAUGAGACGUUUUAGUUUAUUAGAAUUAAUAUCGGGUGAUAUUUGGAAAUUAGAUGAAGAUUUAAAAGACUAUUUAACAAAAAGAGUAAAAGAGACGAAUGAUCAAACAAAAGAAUUACCAAUAUUAUCACAAGUAGAUGAAAUAAGACAGCAUAUACUCAUUGAUGGAGAAUAUGAAGAAUGGAUUGCAGAUUUUCUUAAAGAAAAAGGAUUUUAA